UCGUGUAUCAAAGAAAAACCAAGGACGGCAACUACGGCCUACCUGCCACACUUGUAAACAAGCGGACACGAACUUGUGUCAAUCGACUGUCACUGAUGACUUUGCACGAUCUAAUUUCUCGGGCUCGCAUCUGAUACGAGCGUUUGGCUGUCUACGGACUAGACUAUAUUUUAUCAGAGUUGAUACAGUAUACAGGUUAAAAACGAUUGAAUUCCCAUCACAAUCAUGAAUCACCUGUCAUCUGUGAAGCAUGUGAUUAUCAUCCUGUCUGGGAAAGGAGGUGUGGGAAAGAGCACCAUGGCAGUGCAGAUUACCCUUGGGCUGCAUGCUGCUGGUAAAAAGGUUGGUCUUCUUGAUGUGGACUUGUGUGGACCCAGCAUUCCGAAGAUGUUCAACCUUGAAGGCAGAGAUAUUCAUCAGUGUCCAGAGGGGUGGUUGCCUGUUUAUGUGGACAAGGAGCAAAAGAUUGGAGUGAUGUCCAUUGGGUUUUUGUUAAGUGACUUGGACGAUGCUGUAGUAUGGAGAGGACCAAAGAAAAAUGCAAUGAUCAAACAGUUUUUGAGUGACGUGUACUGGCAAGACGUGGAUUACCUCAUCAUUGACACCCCUCCAGGCACUUCCGAUGAGCACAUCACUGUAAUGGAGGCCUUACGGGCGUAUAACCCCGACGGUGCUAUUCUGGUCACAACGCCACAGGCUGUUGCUGUCGGUGAUGUAAGGCGAGAGUUGACCUUCUGUCGCAAGACUCACAUCCCUGUGGUGGGCAUCGUGGAGAACAUGAGUGGUUAUGUCUGUCCACACUGCUCUGAAUGUACAAACAUAUUUUCCAAAGGCGGGGGGCAGUCUUUGGCUGAGCAGAAUAAUGUUCCAUUUCUUGGAAGCAUCCCCAUUGAUCGACAUUUGACAAUGAGUCUUGACACAGGGAAAAAUUUCUUAGAGGAAAACCCAGGGUCCCCUGCUGUUGAGGCUAUCAGCCACAUGGUGACAAGGCUGAUUGCAAUUGACAAAGAUUUGCCAUAAGUUCAGAGAAGAGUUUUUUGGAUAUUAUAUCAUCACUGUUGCAAGAAAAUUGAGUAGCUACAGCAAAACUCUGUUAACACCAACUUCAUGGGACCAGAGACUUUCUUUGUGUUCAGCAGAUUUCGUGUGUAGGAAAGUUACAAUGCAUAAAGUAAAGGGGGGGGGGGGAAACAAUAGGUUUGGAAAUCCUUUUGUAGGUACAGGCAUCUCAUGUUUAAUGGCUUCAUGUUAAACAGUCUACUGUAAAUCUUUGUAAUCACCAUAUCAAACUGAGUCAAACUGAACUAUUCAUUUUUCUUGUGAAGGUGAGUUGUGUAGGAUGUGGUGUGUUGAUUAAUGAGUUGUGCAAGACCUUUCAAUAGCUGUUUGCAUAAUGGAAAAGAUCAAAAUUCUACACCGAUUUCAUGCAAUUGAUGGAUUUGCCAAUUGGUUACUGAAGUUCUCAUCCUUAAUUCAUUUUCUUUUGUCAUAAACAUUAUUUGAAUGCUUUUUGUUUUCAUCCACGUAGUAGCUGUUUCUUCUGUUAUAGAAAAAGAUCUCUGAUAUGUCAAGUCUGAUUCUCUUCAACCUGCACUUUAUGUUAUUUACUUUCAUUUUAAGUUUGGGUUGUGAUGUUUUGUCUCCUUUUCAUAAGUUUUGUAUGCUAUGAAUUUGAGUGCAUCUGAAAACCAUGAGAAUAUUAUGCAUCAACAUUUAUUUUCAUUGAUUACUAAUCAGGGAGUUAAUGUUUUACAGUUUUUUACGAUUUGAACUUUUGUUUGACAGUGCUUGUCAGUUACAACAAUAAUUUGUUACAAUUUAUGUACCUGUAUUUUAAACAGUUAUUUUUUUGUGUGCGUAGUGUCCAGAAAGAUCAGAUGUAUUUAGGAGAAGGAGGAAAAUGUCAUUGAUUUAGGCUGGUCUCUGUUAAACUGAGGAGAACAAAAUCAUUUAGCAAAAUAAUGAAAAA